AUGUGUGGUAUCAUUGCUCUGAUCCAGGCGAACCCGUCGUCGUCCGCUGCCAUCGAUCUCCAUGAGGCACUUUACCUGCUUCAACACAGAGGUCAGGAUGCAGCGGGAAUCGCCACUUGUGCAACCGGCGGUCGCAUCUAUCAGCUGAAGUCGAACGGUAUGGCCGCCAAGGUGUUCAACGAUGGCGCCAGGGUGGCAGACCUUCCGGGGUCGAUGGGAAUUGGUCACCUGAGAUAUCCCACCGCCGGGAGCAGUGCCAAUGCCGAGGCUCAGCCAUUCUAUGUGAACAGUCCAUAUGGUAUCUGCCUGGCUCACAACGGCAACUUGAUCAAUGCUCCCGAGCUGAAGCGGUAUCUCGACAUCGAGGCCCACCGUCACAUCAACACCGACAGUGACAGUGAGCUGAUGUUGAACAUCUGGGCCGACGAGCUGAGCGAGACCAAGAAGGCCCGUGUCAACACGGAAGACCUCUUCGCCAGUCUCAGUCGGAUGUACGAGCGUUGCGAAGGUGGCUGGGCCUGUGCUGCCCUGCUGGCCGGGUUCGGUCUGCUUGGCUUCCGUGACUCCUACGGCAUCCGUCCUCUCGUCCUGGGCUCCCGGCCCUCGGUUGACGGUGAGGGUAUGGACUACAUGAUGGCCUCCGAGUCGGUUGCUCUGCACCAGCUUGGCUUCGGCGACAUCCGGGACAUCCAGCCGGGUGAGGCGGUCAUCAUCGAGAAAGGUUGCGAGCCUGUCUUCCGCCAGGUGGCUCCCAAGAAGGCCUACGCGCCGGACAUCUUCGAAUACGUCUACUUUGCCCGCCCUGAUUCCGUCAUCGAUGGUAUUAGUGUGUACCGUAGCCGUCAACGGAUGGGUGACCGUCUCGCUGCCAGGAUCCUUGAUGUCCUUGGACCGGAAGUGGUCAAGGAUAUUGAUGUUGUGAUCCCCAUCCCCGAGACGUCGACUACAUCUGCUGCGGCUGUCGCCCGGUAUCUGGACAAGCCCUACUGCCAGGGUUUCGUCAAGAACCGCUACGUCUUCCGCACGUUCAUCAUGCCCGAGCAGAAGACCCGCCAGAAGGGUGUCCGCCGCAAGCUCAAUGCCAUGCAGGCCGAGUUCAAGGACCGAAAUGUCCUCUUGGUCGAUGAUAGUAUCGUGCGCGGAACGACUAGUCGUGAGAUUGUCACCAUGGCCCGGGAAGCCGGUGCCAAGAAGGUCUACUUUGCCAGCUGCUCGCCGGAGAUUACGCACGCUCACAUCUAUGGUAUUGACCUGGCGUCGCCCACCGAGUUGGUUGCGCACAACCGCAACCCGGAGAUGGUUGCCAAGCACAUCGGCGCUGACAGCGUAAUCUACCAGACCUUGGAUGACCUCAAGGGCGCCUGCGCGGAGAUCGCCAAGGAGAACGGGCUGUCCGAGCCCCACGACUUCGAAGUCGGUGUGUUCUGUGGCAAGUACAUCACGCCAGUCGCAGAGGACUACUUCGAGCACCUGGAGAAGCUGAGAGGCGAGGGUCGCAAGAUCAAGGCCCUGGACCGGGCCAAGGAAGCCGUCACCCACGGCUUCGCCAGCGAGAAGGACUUCCGGAUGGCUGCCAACGGGGUCAAGCUGGACGCCCAGGGCAACAUCAUCGCUGCGCAAGACCCGAGCGAGUCUGAAGUGCCCCAAGUGAGCGUGUGCCCCACUCGGAAGCAUCAUACUGAGGAGGAGCCCCCCAAGCGAUUCGCCAUGACACGGGCAACACGGUCUGCUGCGCGAGCGGCCGCUCUGCUGGCAGCUGAAACGCAACCCAGCACGUCCCCGGAGGCUGGAUCCUCGCCCAAGCCGGCGAAAAGAGUCGACAUCGACGCAUCUGCAGAUCAGAGCCCCUCUUCCUCUUCAUCAGGAAGCAGCUUCAAGAGGCUGAAGACAAACGCCACCGCAGUCAAACAGCACACGGAGGAAUCAAGCCUUUCCAGCGCUUUUCUCCGGCCACAACCCCCUUCGCCACCGCAACUCCCUCAUAACCUGGGACCACUCAUUCAUCCAUCCCCGACUAGUAGCACAAAGCCGCCAACCAAGGCAGACAAACCCAGACCCGUCAUCCUCAAGAAGGAAGAAAUAGACGGCCUUGCCAGCGAGUUGCAACACCCCAAGAAGACCAACAACCAAUAUGGCCUCACGCCCGGCGUUACCCCGUUCCCCGACUGGGUGCAUCCCACUCCGGAGGAAUGCGAAGAGGUCAAUCGUCUGCUCUCCGCCGCGCACGGGGAUAUCAACAUCAUCCAACCGGCCACUAUCCCGCCGCCAUCACUCACCGUCACAGGCUGCGGCGAAGUGCCCUCGGUUCUCGACGCCCUGAUACGCACCUUACUCAGCGGGGCAACGACAACAACCAACGCCGCCAUGGCCUUCAACGGCCUCGUGCAGAGAUUCGGUAUCCUAACCGACGGAACCGGCAAAGGCAGCGUGAACUGGGACGCUGUCCGCCAGGCCCCACUCAAAGACAUCUUCGAAGCCAUCAAGCCCGGUGGACUAGCAGAUCUCAAGAGCAAGAAGAUCAAAGCCAUCCUCGACAUGGUGUAUGCGGAAAACCAGCAACGUCGCCGGGAUCCGCCCCCCAAGCCUGAGGAGGGUGGCAAACUCCUCGCAUGUCCGGACAACAACCUCCUCUCCCUCGACCACCUCCACACCCUCCCCACUGAUAAAGCCAUGGCCGAACUGGUGAAAUACCCCGGCAUCGGUCCCAAGACAGCGGGGUGCGUGCUGCUCUUCUGUCUCCAGCGCCCGUGCUUCGCGGUCGAUACGCAUAUCUUCCGCCUCUGUAAGUGGCUGCAUUGGCUGCCCGAGAAGGUGAACGAGAUCACGGCGUAUCGGCAUCUGGAGGUCCGGAUCCCGGAUCAUCUGAAGUAUUCGCUGCAUCAGCUCUUCAUCCGUCAUGGGAAAUUGUGUCCCCGGUGUCGGGCGAUUACCGGGCAGUCGGCUGUUGGGUGGGACGAGGGCUGUGUCAUUGAUCAUCUGGUGACGAGGACGGGGAAGAGGAAGGGAGUGGGAGUGGGAGGGGAUGGUGGGGGAAAGAAUGGAAAGAAGCGCUGCGGUUGA